AUCGGUGUCCCUUCAUUGCCCUCUGGUGUCUCCUCCUCGCCCUCUGGAGUCCCAUCAUCACCAUCUGGCAUCCCUUCACUUCCCUCUGGUGUCCCUUCACCACCCUCUGGUGUCCCCUUACUGCCCUGUGGUGUCCACUCAUUACUCUGUGGUGUCCCCUCACUGCCCUCUGGUGCCCCCUCAUCACCCUCUGGUGUCCCUUCAUCACCCUCUUGUGUCCCCUCACUUCCCUCUGGUGUCCCCUCAUCACCCUCUUGUGUCCCUUCAUCACCCUGUGUCCCCUCACUUCCCUCUGGUGUCCCCUCACCACCCUCUGAUGUCCCCUCAUUAGUCUCUGGUGUCACCUCAAUACUCACCAGUGUCCCCUCACUGCCCUCUGGUGUCAUUACUCCCUGGUGUCCCCUCACCGCCCUCUGGUGUCCCCUCAUUACUCUCUGGUGUCCCCUCACCGCCCUCUGGUGUCCCCUCAAUACUCCCUGGUGUCCCUUCACCACCCUCUGGUGUCCCCUACUCUCUGGUGUCCCAAUACUCUCUGGUGUCCCCUCACUCUCUGGUGUCCCCUCACCGCCCUCUGGUGUCCCCUCAAUACUCUCUGGUGUCCCAUUACUCUCUGGUGUCCCCUCACCGCCCUCUGGUGUCUCAAUACUCUCUGGUGUCCCCUCACCGCCUUCUGAUGUCCCCUCACCUUCUGAUGUCCCCUCAUUACUCUCUGAUGUCCCCUCACCGCCUUCUGAUGUCCCCUCAUUACUCUCUGGUGUCCCCUCAUUACUCUCUGAUGUCCCCUCACCGCCUUCUGAUGUCCCCUCAUUACUCUCUGGUGUCCUCUCACCGCCUUCUGAUGUCCCCUCAUUACUCUCUGAUGUCCCCUCACCGCCUUCUGAUGUCCCCUCAUUACUCUCUGGUGUCCUCUCACCGCCUUCUGAUGUCCCCUCAUUACUCUCUGGUGUCCCCUCACCGCCUUCUGAUGUCCCAUUACUCUCUGAUGUCCCCUCACCGCCUUCUGAUGUCCCCUCAUUACUCUCUGAUGUCCCCUCACCACCUUCUGAUGUCCCCUCAUUACUCUCUGGUGUCCCCUCACCGCCUUCUGAUGUCCCAUUACUCUCUGAUGUCCCCUCACCACCUUCUGAUGUCCCCUCAUUACUCUCUGAUGUCCCCUCACCGCCUUCUGAUGUCCCCUCAUUACUCUCUGGUGUCCCCUCACCACCUUCUGAUGUCCCCUCAUUACUCUCUGGUGUCUCCUCACCGCCUUCUGAUGUCCCCUCAUUACUCUCUGAUAUCCCUUCAUUAUCUGGUGUCCCCUCACCGCCUUCUGAUGUCCCCCAAUUACUCUCUGAUGUCCCCUCACCACCUUCUGAUGUCCCCUCAUUACUCUCUGGUGUCCCCUCACCGCCUUCUGAUGUCCCCUCACCACCUUCUGAUGUCCCCUCAUUACUCCUGAUGUCCCCUCACCGCCUUCUGAUGUCCCAUUACUCUCUGAUGUCCCCUCACCGCCUUGAUGUCCCAUUACUCUCUGAUGUCCCCUCACCGCCUUCUGAUGUCCCAUUACUCUCUGAUGUCCCCUCACCGCCUUCUGAUGUCCCCUCACUCUCUGAUGUCCCCUCACCGCCUUCUGAUGUCCCCUCACUCUCUGGUGUCCCCUGACCGCCUUCUGAUGUCCCCUCAUUACUCUCUGGUGUCCCCUCACAGCCUUCUGAUGUCCCCUCAUUACUCUUUGGUGUCCCCUCACCGCCUUCUGAU